AUGGAAUGGCCGAGGCGGUCUAAGAGGAAACAAAGGGGAAAAGACGCUGUAGGUAGGGAGGCCAAGAAGAAUAAAUUGGAGGCACCGAUUCAGCAGGGCCUUCCGGGAACAUCGGUACCCCCGCUAGACCCGGAACUCGAUUCACUUAUUGAUUCCAUCUUAUUUGAAGACUUAAGCGUGUUGUACGGGGACACAUGGCUCCUUGACGAUGCCAUCACCCCCUUGACACCCUCAACGUUGGAAAGUGAAGAUGCGGCGCCUAGGGAAGUGUUUGCUGGCCAGCAGAGCCUCGAUGCACCUAUGCCAACAGCCAAAAUGCCGACUUCACUCCUACCUGGGAGCGUAUCCACUCUGGAUAGCAGUGACCCGCCCGCCACGAGUCCGUCGAGCUUUUUCGAAUCGGUGCUGUCGGAAGCCAGCCAGAGCACUCCGGGUCUCUACGCAGAUGAUUGGUUGUCGAGUGGCGAUGCGGAGGUUGUGGACGAGGCACUGGGCCUGAUAGACUCCCGAGCGACGCCUUCAAUGUUGUUAGGUAGUAGUGGAGAAAGUCAGGAAGGGGCAGGAUCUCGCGUGGAAAUAUCGGCUGGCCCUUACAAAGGCGAAAUGUAUGUGGGGGCAUCUUCCAGCUCUAAAAGAUUAAUCCAUGACUCUCACUUGGAUGCAGUUCUGGAACCAGCAGACGUAUCCCCUGGCAUGUCUUCGACGUCUACUGAUCCUGAGAGCGGAAGGGCAGCAGGCGUUCUAGAAUCAUCUUCUCUUCGAAGCCUAUUGUCAUCGGCUUCUAGUGACCAUCCUCCUUCAGGAAGGGAGACCGAUGUUGCGGUGCAUUCAGGGGAACCAGCUGAACAGUUGACAUCUGAGCUGACUCGAUCCGCAGUCAAGGAACUGCAGGCUGCGGUUGAGGGAUUCGAAGAAAUGUUAAGGGGAAUUCCCGAUCACGUCCUCGAAAAUCACCCGUUUUACCGUCACCCUGGACCACAGCUACGGCUCAACUGGAGGAGUUUCAGCGAUGCGUACGCAGCGUGCUACCGUACGUGGAGACAAAACAUCGUUUUGUUGCUUUCGAAGUGCAGGUACCUGCUGAAGAAGCCAUGGCUGACCACAGAGGAGUUCGGCGAACUUGUGUGCCACACGGAGCGCCUGUGCGGUUACGCAUCCGGUUUCAUGCACGUUGAUGUCACAGGUCCAUUUGCCAUUGAAAGUUUGGGAAGGGCUUUUAUUGUUCUUGAUACGCUACACUGCGCAGCAGAAGUGCUAGGACAGAGCGCUAGGAAAGAUGAGUGGUGGCCCGGGAUAGUCCGUCGUAUACGAGAUGCGGGGUACAUCGGUACAUUCGACAAAAGAAAACUCGGCAAGAAGCCUUGGGCUUAUCCCUUAGUAAAGGCUCUACGGGUUGCGUUGGAUUACUAUAUGAUGGGGAAAAGGCCUCCCUUGCAUCUUGUGAUCGGCUUGAAAUUUUCUUUAUUCAUGUCAUCCAUGCCGACGGACUUCCUGAGCAGUAGAUGGGACCCUUGGAGAAACGACGCCACCGAAUGGCUCAAAUCCAUCAAGCCCAAAACACAGGCGAGCGCAUAG